AUGCUCGCCCAGAUCUUACAUGAUCUAUAUGUUCCACGUGAAUUACUCAAUGGAUUGCCAGAAGAUCAAAAACAAUUACUUUUCUGUAAGAUGCGUGAAGAACAAAUUCGAAGAUAUUAUGAACGAGAAGAUGAAGAAAAAGAAAAAGCAAUGAAUACAUUGAAAUCAACACAUAAAAGAAAUAAAAUUAAGAAAAAUAACAAACGUGUUACAUUUCGACUUGGUGUUGAUGGUAAUGAAUGGUGUAAGGUCAUGGGCGAAUCACAAAUAUCCUCAAAGACCAUUGAUGAAUACUUACAUGACAAAAUUAAUGACGAAAAUGAGCAUCAUAAUCAUCGAAGAGCUAUUGCCGGUGCUAAUCAUGCUGCUCCAACUAAAACCGGAAGUUAUUAUACGGUGCAUCGUGAUGAGCGAAAACAAAUUGAAGAAAUAUCUAAUAAUAUACAAGAAGCACGGCGUAUCUUUGAACGUUUAGAAUCUGACACACGACGACUUGUCUUGAAUAAAGAAAGUGAAGUUUUACAACAGAAAAAAUCUUCAUCACUUCCUCAAAUUCCUCAAAGUGAUAUUGUUGAUGAAAUCUUUUAUCGUGAAAUUGAAGAACGCGCUAAACAAGCUGAUCGAGAACGACGUGAAGUUGCACGACGUGCACGAGAUAGUUACUUAAAAAAUUCUUCACAAUUAAAUGUCUGCUUUGAUACAGAUAAUCAUACAACUAUUCUUCAACCACCACCAUUAAAUUCAUCAAAUAAAAUCAUUCCGCCAACAAAUGAAAAGAAAAUUCAUAUUGAAUUUGUUGAAAAAAAACCUCUUAAGCUACAAAGUUCAUCAAUGGAUAAUUUAAGAAAAGAACCUAUUGAACAAGAAAAAUCUCCAACUACUCCUGUUGAACAUCCACGAUCUAAACCUUUGUUACCUUUGACACGUGAAGAUAUUCGUCAAUGGUUUUGCACAAGGGAAGUUCCUUACAGUACAUUCCGUUCUCCAAAUGGUCAAAUAUAUUUAUGGUUUCAUGGAAUUAUAAGUCGAGCAUAUACAGAACAACUUUUAGGUUCAAAACCUAUUGGAACUUAUUUAAUACGUAUAAAUGAAAAAAUAUAUGGUUAUGCAUUAUCAUAUCGUGCAUCAGAUCAUUGUCGUCAUUUACUUAUUGAAGUUAUUCUAGCACCUAAACGUGAUCAUAAUCAACUACAACAACAUGUUUAUAGAUUUUUAGGUGGUGCUAAACAUGAAAUAUUUACACAAUUAAAUGAUCUUAUUGAAAAAUAUAGUAAUACUCCAAUACGUUCAAAUUCUAAUGAUGUUCUUCGUUAUCCAUGUGGUCAAGUAGAUCCUCAGAAGCCAGAUUAUGCUGAUUUAUUUACUGAAUAUUCCAAUAAUAAAAAAAUUGAAUCUCUGUAUAUACAACUUGAAACAACAACAUCACCACCACCACAGUCAAACACACAGUUAUAG